CCCCUGAAAAAAAUGCCCUUAGCGGCGUUCUGAUUUUCGACAUUGCUCACCAUCACCACUCGAAAUCACAACUGUCAUAGCGGUGUUUUGAUAUUCUUGCAUCCUCUGUUUUCAUCCGAGCACGCAAUUCGUCAUCACAGAGAAAAAUGGGUGUCACGAAGGAGAGCCUCUCGGACAUACGGGAACGAUACGAGAAAGCCCACAAGAAAAUCGACGAGGACAGUAGGCACGAUCCACCGACGGAACCGUUCCGGUCGCACUACGAAGCCCGAGAUAUUCUGCAGAGUGUGCAGCGUAAUCUGAAAAAUCUCAGCGAAUCGCUGAACGAAGAAUCGGACACCGCCCUGACGGUCCGCUGCAUCUUGGCCAAUGUGCUGAAGGAUAUUGGAAAGAUCUCAAUUUUCACCGAAGAGCUCAGCAAUGGAGAGUUGAUACUGAAGGAAGCGCUUGAACUGGUCCAGAAGGAUGAAGAGAAAUCGCAGGUGGUGAAUGCUUAUGUUGAGGUGUUGAAUCAGUUGGGUAUACUGUAUUGCACGCGUAGUAGUUUCGAAGAAUCGAAAAAGUUUCUUGAGCAGGCCGGUCAAGUUUAUGAAAACGCGAAGAGAGAUGAGCUCGAAGCGCUGACCAUUUAUGACUUGUUUGGAACUAAAGACGAGAUCGAAAAGGGAAAAGGAAUGGUUCUAUUGGAGAAAAAUCACACCCUAACAUUGUAUUAUCUAGCACAGGUUUACGGAUAUUUGGAAAACCUCGAGAAGUCGGCUCAUUUUUGCCACUUGACGUUGAAGAGACAGCUGGAUUACAAAGACUUUGAGCACAUAGACUGGGCAUUGAAUGCCGCCACGCUGUCGCAGUACUAUUUCCCAAGAAAUUGUCUCAGCCAAGCAAGACAUCUGCUGGCCGCCGCAUCGUACAUGUUGGAUCGGUACGAGGAAGAAGUCAUCGCGAACGAAACCAGUGCAGCGAUUAAAGCUGAUAUGGUGGAAACUCAUUCGCACCGAUCGGCAGAUGUGGCCCGGUGUUGGGCAAAGUAUGCAAUACACAUUUUGGCCACCUCGAAGGAACGUUUGUCUAGGGAUGAUGAAGAUGAAGACGGAAAGCCUCGGCCAGCUGCCGAUUUGAGUCCAAACAGAGAAAUUAAUCGAUUUAUCGGUUUGGAAGCGCUAUCGGUUUAUGAGGAUCAAAUAACCGCCGAAUUCUGUUUAACGAUCGAUGAUGCAAAGCUGGUCAUGUUGAAAGGACUCUCUUGGCUGAAUAAAGCUAAAGAAUACUACACAAAGGAAACCGAGGCUUCGCAGUACGCAAAAAUUGUCCAAGAUAUAGCCUCACUGUAUAAACAUUUAGCGUUUUUCGACGAUGACGAAGACAAUCAGUGUAAACUAUAUAAGAGAUGUGCGGAUCAGCUUGAAGAUUUGAGUCAAGUUUUGAACGCCACUUACUAUCAAGCCAUUUGCAGAGAAAUUUGGUACGAAUUGGGACUCACCUAUUCGAAAAUCCUGGACAUCAAGCUGAGCAAAUUGGAGACGCUGGCGCCAAACGAGCGCCCAACGCCUCACGCUCUCAACAAAAUAAAUAAACUUUGCGAAAAGAGCAUCGCGAAGUUCCAGACUUUCCUCGAAUCGUACAAGGUUCCGUUGGAUACUUUGGAGAUUCCGGCUGCCAUCGAAAACGCCGAGCUGCAGGCUGUCUUCUUCGCCUAUUUCCACAUCGGUCGUCUGUAUUACAAGAUCAUAACACCGGACAAGAGACUCCAGCUGGCCAACACCAAGAACAGCUUCCGUUUCUAUCACAACUUUGUGAAGCACUGUCAGAGCAACGAAACGGUUGGGGCACACUUCAAGGCCGAAAUGGGCGUCUGCAAGGAGAUGACGAAGCUUCUACCGCUGAAAAUUAAAAAGUUAAUGAACGAAUUGGAUGAGUAAAAAUAACGAGGUCAAUAAAUGUGUGACACAUUUCACAUAUAUAUUAUUUAUUAUCCGUUUUGAGUAACUUUUUGUUUGCGAUUUGUUAUACAUUCAUCAUAAAAAUUUGGCAAUCAGUACAACAAGUGAUCUGUUUAUAUAUUUGCUAUUAUUUAUCUUCGGAUAUGUGUACGUUAUGACGUGUUUAUUUGUUGCCUUUAUUUGUGUGGGAUUAGUCAAUUUUAGAAUGUCAAUACCCUCUCAUAAAGUCUAUAGCUACUGUCUUUCAGUGUAAGACACAAAUGCGCGAGAUUAACAUCUUCCAUAUUUAUGGUUUUGAUUGGAAUAUUGCUGUGAUAGCAAACGCCUUUUUCGGUCUCAGCGAAGCCUCUUCACCAGCUCUCUUUAACAUAUGAGAUCCCGAGUAAAUACAUCGAUUAUAGUUUUCCUAUUUUGUUUAAUUUGAACAAAUCUAAAAUAUACACAUCGCUAACAUAUGAUAGAUCUUAAAAAUGAUGAAAUACACACAAUAUUGUGAAUAACAAGCAAGAAACAUCUGCUUCAUCUUUUCAAAUGUUAAAAAUGUUUCUCCAAAUGCAGCCCUAAAUUCGAUUCACAUUUCACUGUAAAAAUAAUAAAACAAAUUCCUGCACGCUAUAACAA